UUCAUUUCUCCUUCUCUCCCAAAUCGUCUUAUUGUCUUAUUCUCUCUCUCUCUCUCUCUCUCUCCUUCUCUCUCUUUUUAUAAUUUUAUUAUUUCUUAAAUUAAGAAAAAAGAGAUAAUAAAAAAGCCUUCUCGGGUUGUCAAAAAAUACUGUUUCACCGCAGUAAUUAAUUUUAAAAUUUACUGUCGCUGACGUGGCAUGCACUUAAAAGGAAACAGCCAUGAAUACAAAAACGAUGCGCCUUCCCCCACGCCGAGUUAUCUCCGGCGCCGUCGCCAGCAAACAAACGGAAUCCGCCGUAAUAAAUCCACCACCGCCGCCGACUAAAUCCAUUCUCAAGAAAACUCCGACCAUCGUUCGACCAACAACCACCGCCGCCGCAGCCGUAGCCGAGCCGGUUGGUUCGAACAAGCUCUUAGCCGGUUACUUGGCUCAUGAGUUUCUCAACAAUGGCACACUCUUCGGAGAGCUUUGGAAUCCUACUCGAGCCCAAGCCGGCCCAUUAACGGCCCAAUGUACUGAGACGAGAAAAACUAAGCCGAGCCAUGAUAUGGAGCCGAGUGAUCAUAAACGGAGGAGGUAUGUGGAGGUUGCUAACAUACUCCGGGUAGAUGGGACCCACUUGCCCGGUAUCGUUAACCCGUCACAGCUUGCCCGAUUCCUUAAAUUGUGAUGCGUAAAUCCACGUGGAAUCAUCGUAUUGGUCUGUCGUUUAGAAAAAGAAGACAGCUGUAACACAGAAACAUUCCUCUUCUCUUUCUUUCUUUUCUUCCAUUAAUUUUUCUUUUGAUAUUUUGUAAAUUGCCAUCUCUGUUUCUUUAUCGUCUUCAUCGAAGAAAUUGACUCAGAAAUGUUUUAGGUUUUUUUUUUUGAAUUUCGAAAUCUGGUCUAUUUAUGAUUUAAAUCGAAAAAAAUUGAACGCCGAUUCAACUAUUUUUGUGUGAAAUUACUGAUUUUGAUGAUGAACAAAAAUGAUUAAUGCAAAAUUAUUUAUAAAUCA